AUGAAGAAUGAUAAUUAUUGUUUACUAAAGCAUAACAGAUUGUUUAAUGCUCCUUUGGGCGCCAAAACAUUUCCUUCUUUACACUUUCAAUUGUUAUCAUCCCACAAGCGUUUUGGAAAAAGUUUCUCAAGAAGCUUCACAUAUUGGCAAAUAUUUUAUUUUGACUUCAUCUCCAUAGCAGGUUUUUUAUUUUCUUCUUCAAUUAUGAGAACUGAAGAUGAAGAAAAAAUUAUCGGCAAUCAAUUUGAAAUGAUUUCGUAG